AUGCAAUCGGCGAAUAAUGGUAAUCCGGGACUGUAUGGCGCUCUCCCACCUAGAGGAUAUGGUAGCCCGGCACCUGGAUAUAAUGGUGAUGGUUAUAAUGGUGGGCCUCCUCAAGGCGGAUAUAGAGGGCCUCCCCCUCAGAAUGGACCAGGAAUGUUCAACCCAGGCACAGGGCUAGGGCCUCCUCCGAGAAGAGGUCCCGGGCCGAACCAAUUUGGGCCCCGUGGGCCACCGCCGCAAAAUGGCGGGUCAUAUGGGGGUGGUGGACAGUAUGGAAUGGGGCCGGGAAUGGGACCGGGACCGGGAAUGGGACCAGGAAUGGGAAAUCAUAAUGGGAUGGGACCUCAAGGAGGAAUGGGGCCAAACGGCAUGAUGAUGGGUGGUGGCCAGGGACAGAGGAGACCGAUGCAACAGCAACCCCCGCCACAACACCAACAACAAAGAGAAAGCCGCGAAUAUGAUUUCCCUGCGGAGCAGCCACAUGUAGACGAAAGACGGGAGUUUGAGCAGACGCUUCCUGCAGCAGCAGGAGGCACGGCAGUAGGAAUUGCAGCAGCAGCACCAGCAACCAGCGAGGAAUAUCGUGAUGAUGAUAGGCGCGUGCAACCUGCCGAGUUGGCCGCAGAUAUGCAGCGGGAGCCCACUCCGCCCAGGCUGGCUGUUGUAAAUGAUACUAAACAGCCGUACGACAAUGAAUAUGUACCCCCACGUGCAGUAUGGAAUGGACAGAGCUCUGGUACUCCGCCGCCUCAGUCUCGCACGCCGCCCCCAGCUGAACUUCCUACGCCCGCCGACGCAUCUCCUGCCCGCCGUGGAAAUAAUGCCGCUCCUCGUCCGUCUGAAAGUUACUACGAGGAUGUGGCACCAGUAUUCGAUGCUACCCAUGUCGCACAUUCGCAAUCCCCGCACCCGCACCCGCACCCGCAUGCGCCUAUGCCCGGCGGUAUGCCCGGACCUAUACCGUACAGAAUACAGAUACCGCAGCAGCAGCAGCAGCAGCAACAGCAGCAGCAACAACAGAUGCCACUACGUACGUUAGAAGACCUUCAGGAUGGCCAGAGAAGUCCCGCAAUGAGACCAGGUCAGCAGCCACCAAUGCCGGGAGGAAUGAGCCAAGGGCGGCGAGGACCGACGUCUAGUCAAUUACUUGGAGGGAAUCCCGACUUUGAACUGCCAACUGGACGAGCCGGAAGGUUCCGAGGUGGGGCAGGUAUGGGGAGAUGA